AUGUCAGACAACGGAGACGCGCCCUCGCCCACGUCUGUGGCACCAGCCCAAUCAAUUUCGCCUCAAGUCCCUUCAGCUCCUGAACAGAAUUCAGCAACCGCAGCUCCGGCCGCAGCGACAACAGUGACAGCAACAGCCUCGGCAUCCACAGCAGCGACAGCGUCGACAUCAGCGACAACAGGAACAGCACCUACAUCAACGACGUCCCCCCCUAAAAAGCGCAACUCGGUAGGCCCGGAAGGCAAGGUCACCAAGAGGAGAGCAGCCAGGGCCUGCGCGUCAUGUCGAGCCCGCAAGGUGCGCUGCGAUGUCGUUGAGGGUGUCCCGUGUAACAAUUGCCGCUGGGACAGCGUCGAGUGCAUCGUCCAGGAGAGCCGGAGGCGGAACUGCGGACCGCCAUCAGUGGGGUCCCGGUCUGGAGGUGCCGAGGUUCUGCGUUCAAAGAGCAUCGGCGCCGCACCGCCCCUUCUGACGGCCAAUCUUGCGAAGCCGGGCUUUGUUCCUCAUGCCGGUCCCUUUUCCAUGCCCCUGACCGGGGAACAGGCCGCCGCCGCCCACCGCUUAUCCUUUGCCUCCACUGUCAGCGACUUUGCACCUCUUACGGGCGCCGGGGACCUUUCCGGUCUUUCCGGUGCCGGCCUGUCCGGCUUCAACCCCCUGGCCCCGGGCAAUCCGACGACCGCCGCGGCGGCCGCCGUUACUGCGGCUGCGCUGGCUGGAUGCACUCCGCUGCUCAACCCACUGCUCAAGCUUGAGCGUGAGUGGCCGGCCUUCAUCAAGCCGAUCCCUGACCGCAUUUCGGCCGAGGACAGGGUGUAUCUGCUGCAGAAGGGCGUCUUUGUGAUGCCUCAUGUGCGGCUGCAGAACGCUCUCCUGAGGGCGUUUGUCGAGUAUGUGUAUCCGUACAUGCCCUUGCUGGAGCUGCAUGAGUUCCUCAAAGCAAUCAACGACCGGACCGGAGCAUCCGGCAAGGUCAGCCUGUUCUUGUACCAUGCGGUGAUGUUCAGCGCCACGGCGUUCGUGGACGAGACGCUGUUGAAAGAGGCGGGGUAUGCGAGCCGCAGAGAAGCCAGGAGAGUGUUCUUCUCCAGGACAAGGCUUCUCUAUGACUUCGACUACGAGACCGACCGGCUCAUCCUCGUGCAGGGCCUGCUGCUCAUGACCUACUGGUACGAGACACCAGAUGACAGCAAGGACACCUGGCACUGGAUGGGCAUCGCCAUCUCUCUGGGCCACACGAUCGGUCUGCACCGCAACCCAGCCAAGACGCCGAUGAACCCACGCAAGCAGAAGCUGUGGAAGCGGGUGUGGUGGUCAUGCUUCAUGCGCGAUCGCCUGGUGGCCCUGGGCAUGCGUCGGCCAACACGCAUCAAGACGGGCGACUUCGACGUGCCCGAGCUCGUCGAGGGCGACUUCGAGAUCGAGGCCCUGCCCGAUGACAACACGGUGUUGGGCCCCGAGUGCGAGCUGAUCCACAACGUGACGAUGCAGCGCGAGCUGGCCCUGAUGUGCAUCGAGAAGGCCAAGCUGUGCCGGCUGAUCGGCGACGUGCUCCAGGUCCAGUACAGCGUGCUGGGCCGCGCCGGCGUUCGUCCCGAACACACGACCAAGAGCACGCACAUGCUCUUGCCCAACAAGAACCCGGACAACAUGCAGGAGGUUGAAGAGGUCGACCGCCGCCUGCGCGAUUGGCUCGCUGAGCAGCCCGAGUGUUGUCGGUACCGUUCCCUCGACAGCUGCACCAUCACAGAUGCCAACAAGGCCAUCGCCGUUCAACGCAAUUUGCUGCACAUGGUGUACCAUACCACCAUCUCGGCGCUACACAGGCCGUUGUUCCUGCCUGCGAACCCGUCCCAAGAGCCCAGCCCGCCGACCGAGGUGCAGGAGACUGCCCGGCAGCGCGUCCGCGAGGCCGCUGAGCAUAUCACUCGCAUGGUAGCUGAGAUGCGCCGCUAUAGCCUCGAGAGGUACCUGCCGACCGUCGGUGUGACCGUCAUCUUGCCGGCAACCAUCAUUCAUAUGCUCGACAUGAAGAACACUGAUCCGCAGGCGCGCCAAAAGGCUGCCCAGGGCCUGAAGGAGUGUCUGACGGUCAUGAGCAACCUACGCAGCAUCUACGCGUCGGCCGAUUUCGCCACCGGCUUCCUGGAUGCAGCUCUGCGCAGCUUCCUGGGUACCACAAACCCGGCUGCUCAAGCCCAGGCCCAACAGCAGCAACAGCAGCAACAGCAACAGCAACAGCAACAGCAGCAACAGCAGCAUGCCCCUCCCAUCCUCCGUACUGCCACGAACCCUGCUCAGAAGUCGAUAGCUCGACCGCUCGCCCCGGCUCUUCCUUUGACUCAACUUUCUCCCAAGCUGCGCACUGUCGGCGCGCCGACCUUCACGAAUAUGAACCACCGUCCUUCAACCCCGCCGCCAGAGAACGCGCCGUACCUCAACCCUCAGGAAGUGUCGCUCUUCCACUCCAACCAGCCCGCGCAGGCGGCCUUUACGCAACCGUCCACGUCGACAACGGCCGAGGGCACGAUUGCGAUUGCCAUGGCGGCUGCGAGCGCCGGCUCGCAGGGUCUAGGCAACCUGGCUGUCUCGAGGGGCGCGACGCCGCCCAUGACGGACGGCGAGGAUGCUGCGGGCAACGACAACGGCGUCAGCAGCGACAACAGCAACAGCGAGAACGGCGUUUUCGGAGUCGGUUUCGGCGUCGGUAGCAUCGCCCCCACAGCAGGCGCCACACCCCCAAGCAGCAACGACGGCGGCGACGGCGAUGUGUUUAUGGCAGAUGCUCACGACGCCGAGCAGCACAAGCAGGUCUCUAGCAGCCACCAGCACCACGCCUCCAUUUCCUUCCUCGAUGCGACUACUGCCGCGAACGCCAAUCCGUCUGGGAGCAACGGAUUCGAUUUCGAUCAGUGGCUGCAGUUCCCUGCUGAGGGCGGCGGUGGUCUGGGCGGACAGACUGGCAACGAUGGAGACAUGUUCCUAUCGGGAGGUAUGUUUGGGGGGCGCGGGGACGGCAGGAGUGGGCAUGGAAGGUGA